AUGCGCCGAAAGACACGUUUCGUCUGUGUCUCUGACACGCAUGCUUACACUCCCUCUGAGGCUGGCUUCAAGCUACCAGCUGGAGACGUCUUGAUCCAUGCGGGUGAUCUCACCAACCAUGGUAGCAUGGCUGAGCUUCGUAAAACUAUGGAUUGGAUUUCUGCGGCUGAUUUCGAGGUCAAAAUUGUCAUCUGUGGAAAUCAUGACAUUACGCUAGAUGCCGAUUUCUAUGCCCGCCAUGGUUCGAAAUUUCAUGGUCAGCAUCUCGAAGACCCUCGGAAAUGCAUAGAACUUGUCACCGAAGCAUCCUUCCCUUCCAUCGUAUUUCUCAGGCACGAGUCAGCACUAGUCCGGCUGAGGCGGCCCAACGGCCCAAACACCGUCUUCAAAGUCUUUGGCUCUCCAUAUUCCCAAUCGCCAGGGACCUGGGCUUAUGGAUACGACUCCUCGGAGGCUGCUGAGCUUUGGGGCAGAAUUCCAUUGGACACUGACAUUGUGGUAACGCACACCCCUCCUCACUCACACUGCGACCGUCAUGGAACAACGGCUGAAUCAGUCGGCUGCAAAGCCCUUCGCGAGGCCUUAAGCAACGUUCGACCGAUGCUGGCCGUAUGUGGCCAUGUGCACGAGUCGCGCGGCUAUGAGAGGGUGAAGUGGUCCCCUUCAUCCAUACCGUCACUGCUUGUGUCAAAUACUCACGAUCGACCAAGUCAAAUCACUCAAGGCUUUCUCCCUCCUUGGGGAAGUAGAAAGCAAAGCCUCGUGGACCUGACAGGAAAAAAGUCAUCGAAGCUAGACAAUGAUGGUUUCUUCGCUGAGCAAGUGGCAACGUCACUCGGAGCACUGUUCCAAUCGACGCAGAAUGUUAUACUAGCUCCAUUGCCUGACCUCUCGCUAGGCUGGACUCAGAAUACUGAAGCCGACCGAUCAGAUUCGGAAUCUGCCCUUUCAUGCCUGAAGAGAGGAGAACAUGACGAUGAGAAUGGGCUUCACUCGCACAGACGCGAGACUUGCAUCAUCAAUGCGGCAAUCAUGGCAACGAGCUGGCCUUAUCGAGGAGGGAAAAAGUUCAAUACACCCAUUGUGGUUGAUCUAGAACUCCCGGCAUGGAAGGAGUGA